UCAGCUACCUGGUGGUAAAACUGUAAAGUCUCUAGGAAUGGUGUUUGUUGUUUUUAAGUAGUUUGUAUGUAUUAAAUAAUCGAAGGAGUAUGUCAUUUCAUUCUCGUGGGAGAGGCGGUGGCGGAGGAUAUGGAAGAGGAGGCGGAGGGUAUGGAAGAGGAGGCGGCGGCGGCGGUGGCUAUGGUGGUGGAGGAUCGAAUUAUGGACGUGGUGGUAGAGGUAGAGGUGGAGGUGGAAGAAACAGCUUUGGGGGUUUCCAAGAUCAAGGGCCUCCAGAAGAAGUGAUACCUCUGGGUUCAUAUUUAUACCCUGCUCAGGAUGACCUUGUAGUGAAAGCUGAGAUUGAGGAUGUUCCAUAUUUCAAUGCACCAAUUUAUCUGGACAAUAAAGAGCAAAUUGGAAAGAUAGAUGAAAUCUUUGGUACCAUCCGGGACUAUUAUGUGUCUGUAAAACUUACAGAAGAUAUCAAAGUGAAGUCCUUUAAACGAAAUCAGAAGCUCUUUAUCAACCCACAGAAGCUUCUGCCAUUGAAGAGAUUCCUGCCCCAACCUCCUGGAUCUGUUCAGAAGAGGGGUGGAGGAGGGAGAGGAAGAGGUGGUGGACAGAGAGGUGGAAGAGGUGGAGGUUUCAGAGGGCGAGGAGGUGGUGGUGGUGGAUUUAAUAGAGGUGGAGGUGCUGGAAGAGGAAGUGGGGGAGGUUUUAGAAGAGGCGGAGGAGGAUGGAACAGAUAGUUAUUGCACUUCCACUAUUUUAUUAAGUGGGAACAAAAGAAUAAAUGUUGAUUACAAAGUAUAUCACCCAUAUUGGGUUUUAAAUAAUAACUUGUGACUUGAAUACAUUAUUACAUUCUGGAAA